AUGAAAGUUGCCGUCAUUGGCGGCGGCCCUGCAGGCCUUGCGACACUAAAGUUCCUUUCCACCGCACACCACUUCUUUCCCAUCGAGAAGAUUCGAGUCCGGCUGUUUGAAGCCCAUGACAGCAUCGGAGGCACCUUUGUGCAGCGGAUCUAUGAGGAUGCCGAACUCGUGUCGUCCAAGUAUCUGACGGCCUUUUCCGACUUCCGUUUGCCUCCUGAUGCUCCCGACUUUGUCACACCGCAGGCUUAUGUCAAGUAUCUCGGCGAUUACGUAAAGGCCUUUGGUGUUGACCAUCUCAUUGAGCUUCGAUCCCACGUCAAGCGUGUAUGCCGCGGCCCGGACGGCACCGGCCAUACCGUGCACUACGUCAACUCGGAUGGCGGCGAGCGCUCCUGGACCUGCGACGCCGUAGCUGUCUGCUCUGGACUCCAUGUACACCCUAGAAUGCCCAAAAUUCCAGGUAUCGAGAGGGUGCCGGUGGUAUUGCAUUCGUCCCGUUUCAAGACCCGAGCGCAGUUUGGAAAAAACACCAAUGUCGUAGUCUGCGGCGCGGGAGAGACUGGCAUGGACAUUGCCCAUCUCGCGGUGACCUCACCCACCACCUCCGUAACCAUGGCCCAUCGGGAUGGUUUCUUUUGCGCUCCCAAGAUCAUACCCAUACCGUUGCGCCCCGGUCUAACGUUGCCGCGGCGGCAAAACAAGCCUGUUGACACGUCCGUGGCUAGCCUUUUCGACACGGCGUACGCUCAUCCCGUCUUGCAGAGGAGCCCCUUGCUCUGGCUCGCGUACGACCAGUGGGUGAAGAAGAUGCACGUUCUCAUCUCCGGAACGGAAGAGGGACCCGACCAGUGGGUUGGCCAGAUGAGUCCCGACAGGAAGAAGAUGGAUUCGAUAUUUCUUUGCAAAUCUGCCCGAGCCUUGCCGUACAUUUCGGAAGGCCAUCGCUCGGAAUCGUGGUGGAACCGCCAAAGGACCGCCAUUCUCAACGUUCCCAUCAUGGAGACCAACGGCAGACGAAUCGACGUGGUAAAGUGGCCGACAGAGAUUGACAAGGACGGUUACAUGGUCAUUCCGGACGAGGGACGAACCGACUCCGGUCCGGCCAAAAGGAUCAAGCCGGACGUCAUGGUCCUUGCCACCGGAUACGACACCAACUUUUACUUCCUCGAGGACGACUACCCCGGCCUGGGUGACACAAACGCCCGAGGGGUGUACAAGUACGGUGACGUGACGGUGGGAUUUGUCGGAUUUGUUCGACCGGCCAUCGGAGCCAUCCCUCCCCUGGCGGAGCUGCAGGCUCAGUUUUGGGUAUAUCGCCUGCUCCAGAGUCAGCUGCCAGAGCAGGUAUCUUCCUCGCGCGACUCCAACGCACUCGAGUCCUAUGAGCUGGAUUACAAGCUCCACGCAUGCGGCGAGUACGACUUCUUCUCGACCAAGCGAGGUGUUGAUCACGAGGCAUACGCCUACCAGCUGGCCCUCGACAUGGGCAGCGCGCCGACCAUGUCGUACGUGAUGAGCAAGGGUUGGAAGCUCUUCUUCACCUGGGCCAUGGGAUCCAACUUUAACCCCAAGUUUCGUCUUGUUGGGCCCUGGAAAUGGGAGGCCGGUGCGGAGAAGAUUAUGUGCGGAGAGCUGUACAGCGUCGUGAGCCGAUCCGGCGGCUUCCUCUAUCUGCUGACCUACUCGCUCAUUCCCUUCUUCUUCUUUGGGCUGCUGAGCGGUCUUCUGUAUGCCUUGUGCUGGCUGUUGGACUUGAUUGGGGACGCCGUGGAAGAACUUCUGGACCUGCUGGGUCGUGCGAGGAAGAGUCGAGCGGAGUAG